AUGGCCGCGCCCAUGCGCUUGGAGGCGUAAUUUCAGUUAAAUAGGAAAAGCGCUUCUCAUUGGGUAUGUAGUGCACUGUGUAGGGUGUUAUAACCUUUAAUCCAUACCCCAGGUAGUGCCUAUGUAGGGAGUAGGGAUAUAAAUUUAGGACACAGCCCUGUUUUUGUGGGACAGAGUUUGUGUGAAGACGCAGGGGAGAAGUAGAUCUUUCGUCUGGAUUCCCACGAUGGAGAAGAACGAUCACAUCCUCCCCAAAGACUUCCCUGAACUAAAAAAUGACACAUUUCUGCGAGCAGCUCGAGGUGAAGAGGUCGAGCAUGUUCCUGUGUGGUGCAUGAGACAAGCCGGCAGAUACCUGCCAGAGUUCAGAGAAUUCAGAGCAGGGAAGGACUUUUUUCAGACGUGCCGUUCCCCAGAGGACUGCUGUGAGCUCACACUGCAGCCGCUGAGACGGUUCCCGUUCGACGCUGCAAUCAUCUUCUCGGACAUCCUGGUGGUGCCACAGGCUCUGGGGAUGGACGUCCAGAUGCUUGCGGGAAAAGGGCCGACUUUCCCAGAGCCCCUGAAAGAGCCGGAUGAUCUGCAGAGACUACGGAAGAAAGUAGACGUGGCGUCUGAGCUGGGCUACGUGUUCAGGGCCAUCACACUGACGCGGCACAAACUGGAAGGCAAAGUUCCUCUCAUCGGAUUCAGCGGAGCGCCAUGGACUCUGAUGUCCUACAUGAUCGAAGGCGGAGGCUCCACCACCCACUCGAAGGCAAAGCGCUGGUUAUACAGACACCCCGAGGCCAGUCACGUGCUCCUCAAACGUCUUACUGACAUUAUAGUGGAGUAUCUGGUCGGCCAGGUCAAAGCCGGCGCUCAGGCCCUGCAGGUGUUCGAAUCCCACGCCGGCUGUCUGGGCCCGGUGGAGUUUAAAGAGUUUGCGCUGCCGUACCUAAAGGACAUUGCAUGCAGAGUAAAGGACGGGCUGAAGGAGGAGGGACUGGAUAACAUUCCUAUGGUUGUGUUUGCGAAGGACGGCCAUUACGCUCUGGAGGACCUUUCCCAGUCCCACUAUGAGGUGGUGGGUUUGGAUUGGACCAUUGACCCUCGUGCGGCACGGAAUAGGACUGGAGGAAAAGUCAGUCUGCAAGGGAACAUGGACCCCUGUGCACUGUAUGCUACCAAGGAGUGCAUUUCUGAGAUCGUAAAAUCAAUGGUGGAGGCGUUCGGCACUAGGGGCUACAUCGCAAACCUUGGCCAUGGUUUGUACCCUGACAUGGACCCUGAGAGUGUGGGCGCGUUUGUGGAGGCCGUACACGCACACUCCCGCCGGCUGCUCAACCACAAAUAAGAUGUUCUGGCAUGUCCAACAGCAAGAGACCACAGUACUACACACACACACACACACACACACACACUCACUAUACUUAGCCUGUGUUUAAAAAAAAAAGAAAAGAGCUGUUGAUUUCAUCAGCCGUGAUUACGAUGACUAUUAAUGUAUUGUAGACUUUUUUUUGACCAGCGUUUGAUUUGCAAUCAGGACUGAAGCAAAAAAAAAAAAAAAGGAAUAUCAGGAAUGAAGUAUAUUUUUAUUCAUAUAUGUGUUAAAUGGGUUUAUAUUCAACCAAAUAAAGAGAGAUGUCCUGGGAAA